AUGAGGCUGCUUCUCGCUCUACUCUUUACCCUGCUCGCAGUUGGAUUCGCAGAUUUUUUGGAGCCCAAUGAACUCGAUCAAAUGGAAGACAUCGACGUGCCCCGAGAACGACGCUCCUCGCUAGCGUCGGGGCGUUGGGGUCUUCGGCCGGGCAAACGAUCAUCGUUGGCCAGUGGAAGAUGGGGUCUUCGGCCGGGGAAACGAUCGAUCGUUGACCUCGUACUCGAAGACGACAUCGAAGACGAGAGCGACAAAACCCGCGAACGACGGAACCUGGCGUCCGGACGAUGGGGCCUGAGGCCCGGCAAACGCUCUCUGGCCAACGGACGAUGGGGUCUGAGGCCCGGCAAACGGAGCAUGGGAAUGAUGCCGACGCAGGCACGCCACAACCCCAUCAUGUUGCUCAUCCCGCAGUUAUAA